AUGGCAGAGAGCGUAUCCAAAGUAUCCUCCAUCCACGUGGAGCCCACGAAACAACCCGACCCUCUAGAUGAGGCUUUCGAAGGUCUCUCCGAAAGAGACACCCAAGCCCUCGAAAAGCGCUUGGUCCGCAAGAUCGACCUCCACCUGAUCUCCUCUCUAUUCCUCCUCUUUAUAUUCAACAUCCUCGACCGCUCCAACAUUGCAAAUGCCCGGCUGGGCGGGUUACAGGAGGACCUGGGUCUCUCCGACUCGCAAUAUCAGACAGCGGUGGCAAUCAUGUUUGUCGGGUACCUCCUGGGCCAAGUGCCGAGUAACAUCGUGUUAACCCGCAUCAAACCGUCGCUCUACAUCCCCGCCGCAAUCUUCGUCUGGGGCGGGAUCUCGAUGUGCAUGGCGGCAGUGCAGAACUUUGCCGGGAUCGUCUGCGUGCGUGUAUUUCUCGGCUUCGCGGAAUCUCCUUUCUUCCCCGGUGCCCUACUCCUCAUCAGUUCCUGGUACAAGCCCUCUGAGAUUGCCGUCCGCGUAGCCCUCGUAUACUGCGGGAACACCAUAGCCAACGGCUUCGGUGGUUUGAUCGCCGCAGGCAUUCUGAGCGGGCUCGACGGCAAGGGAGGACUAGCCGGUUGGAGAUGGCUCUUUAUCAUCGAAGGCGCAGGCACAAUGGUGGCCGGGCUCCUCGCCGUCUUCCUCUUGCCUGACUUCCCUCGCUCCGGCCAGCGCAAGUGGCUGACAGAGCAGGAGCAGCGCUUCGCCGAAUGGCGGCUGGCCCGCGAGGCGAACAAUGAAGUGGACGAGAAUGGAUCCAUCAAAGAGGGUCUUAUUGAAGCCGUGACGGACGUUAAAGCCUGGAUGUUGAUCCUGAUUCAAAUCUGCCAGCUUACGUCGCAGACAUGGACCUAUUUCUUCCCGUGGGGAAUGUGA